UUCCCUUUGUACAAAGACAGAGGUGUAAGGUGCACCAAAUGAUUAGCGGUGUAUUUUGGCUUAAUCAUCACAAAAAGCGUGCAUUUUUUAUAUUAUACAUAUAUCUUGCCGAAAAAUUGUAUUAUGCUCUGGAUAGAAUAAGUCUUCUAUUUCAUCAUGUUCUUGUACAACCUUACUCUUCAGCGUGCUACAGCCAUAACUCAUGCAGUGCAUGGGAAUUUUGCUGGGACGAAGCAGCAAGAAAUUGCUGUUUCUAGAGGAAAGAUUUUGGAACUUCUACGACCGGAUCCUAAUACCGGCAAAGUUCAUACUUUGUUAACAGUAGAAAUAUUCGGGGUAAUUCGAUCUAUGAUGGGAUUUCGGUUAACCGGUGGAUCGAAAGAUUACCUAGUGAUUGGAUCUGACUCUGGAAGAAUUGUAAUUCUAGAGUAUAAUGCACAGAAGAACAUUUUUGAAAAGGUUCAUCAAGAAACAUUUGGCAAAAGCGGAUGUCGUCGUAUAGUUCCUGGCCAAUAUUUGGCCAUUGAUCCCAAAGGGCGUGCAGUUAUGAUCGGUGCUGUUGAAAAACAAAAACUUGUGUACAUAUUGAAUCGAGAUGCAGCUGCUCGUCUUACCAUAUCAUCUCCUUUAGAAGCUCACAAAUCCAACACCUUAGUCUAUCAUAUGGUUGGAGUUGAUGUUGGAUUUGAAAAUCCAAUGUUUGCCUGUUUAGAGAUGGACUAUGAAGAGGCUGAUAACGAUCCUACUGGUGAAGCACGUGCGACAACUCAGCCGACACUUACAUUUUAUGAGUUAGAUCUUGGUUUGAAUCAUGUUGUCAGAAAAUAUAGUGAGCCUUUAGAAGAACAUGGAAAUUUCCUGAUUUCUGUCCCUGGUGGUAGUGAUGGUCCUAGUGGUGUGUUGAUUUGCUCAGAAAAUUAUAUCACUUACAAAAAUAUUGGUGAUCAGCCUGAUAUCCGUUGUCCAAUUCCUAGGAGACGAAAUGACUUAGAUGAUCCUGAAAGAGGAAUGAUUUUUGUGUGUAGUGCCACUCAUAAAACAAAAGCCAUGUUUUUCUUUCUUGCACAAACAGAACAGGGUGAUAUCUUUAAGAUCACUCUGAAAACUGAUGAUGACAUGGUUACUGAAAUAAAGUUAAAAUAUUUUGAUACUGUUUCUGUUGCAUCAGCACUUUGCGUUUUGAAAACAGGUUUCCUGUUUGUUGCUUCAGAAUAUGGGAAUCACUACUUAUAUCAAAUAUCUCAUCUUGGAGAUGAUGAUGAUGAACCAGAAUUUAGCAGUGCUAUGCCACUAGAAGAGGGAGAUACGUUUUUCUUUGGCCCUAGAACUUUAAAAAAUCUUGUACUUGUAGAUGAACUUGAAAGUUUAUCCCCUAUUAUGCAUUGUCAGAUUGCUGAUCUUGAAAAAGAAGACACUCCACAACUGUAUGUGGCUUGUGGUAGGGGGCCAAGAUCUACGUUAAGGGUUCUGAGACAUGGUUUAGAAGUUUCAGAGAUGGCUGUCUCAGAACUUCCAGGUAAUCCAAAUGCUGUUUGGACUGUGAAACGUAAAGCAGAUGAGGAAUUUGAUGCUUUCAUCAUUGUGUCUUUCGUAAAUGCAACUCUUGUUUUAUCUAUUGGGGAAACUGUUGAAGAAGUCACGGAUUCUGGCUUCUUAGGAACUACACCUACUUUAGCCUGUGCACAAAUUGGAGAUGAUGCUUUAGUUCAGAUAUAUCCUGAUGGUAUUCGUCAUAUUCCAGCUGAUAAAAGAGUCAUUGAGUGGCGAACAUCUGGGAAAAAAACUAUUUCAAAGUGUGCUAUUAAUCAAAGACAAGUUGUAAUUGCAUUGACUGGUGGAGAAUUAGUUUAUUUUGAAAUGGAUCCUUCUGGUCAACUGAAUGAAUAUUCUGAUCGAAAAGCUAUGACAGCUGACGUUAUCUGUAUGGCAUUAGCAAGUGUACCAAGUGGAGAACAGCGAGCUCGUUUUCUUGCUGUUGGUCUAAUGGAUAGCACUGUUCGAAUCAUAUCAUUAGAUCCUGCUGAUUGUUUGUCACCUCUCAGUAUGCAAGCUUUACCAAAAACUCCUGAAUCACUUGCUAUUGUAGAAAUGGGUGGAGGUGAAGGUACUGGCAGAGACAGCAGUGGUCAAGGGACAUUAUAUUUAAAUAUUGGAUUACAGAAUGGUGGUUUGCUGAGAACUGUAUUAGAUCAAGUUUCUGGAGAACUGACUGAUACUAGAACUAGAUAUCUGGGAUCUAAGCCAGUUAAAUUAUUCAAAGUCCGCAUGCAAGGAAACGAUGCAGUUGUGGCUAUAUCUAGUCGUUCUUGGUUAAGUUAUUAUUAUCAGAAUAGAUUCCAUCUCACUCCACUAUCGUACGAAACCUUAGAAUAUGCAUCUGGCUUUUCGUCUGAACAAUGUCCUGAGGGUAUUGUAGCUAUUUCUGCUGACACAUUGAGAAUUUUAGCUCUUGAAAAACUUGGAGCUGUGUUUAAUCAGGUAGCCAUGCCAUUAGAGUAUACACCAAGGAAAUUUGUAAUCCACCCAGAGAGUAAUAAUCUCAUAAUUAUUGAAACUGACCACAAUGCUUAUACAGAAAAGACCAAAGGAAUCAGAAAGAGCCAGAUGGCUGAGGAAAUGGUUGAAGCAGCAGGAGAGGAAGAGCAGGAGCUAGCUGCUGAUAUGGCUGCUUCAUUUUUAAGUGAAAAUUUGCCUGAAAAUAUAUUUGGUUCCCCAAAAGGAGGAUCUGGUAUGUGGGCAUCUAUCAUAAGAAUUUUGGAUCCAAUAGAAGGGAAAACUGUCUUUAAAGUUCCAUUAGAACAAAAUGAAGCUGCAUUUAGUCUGUGUUUAGUGAAAUUUGCAAGUCAAGGUGAUGAUCAGUUUCUUCUUGUUGGUAUAGCAAAAGAUAUGCAGCUAAAUGUCCGCCAUUGUAAUGGUGGAAUAGUGCAUACGUACAAAGUGUUAAAUGAAGGUAAAAAACUUGAACUUGUACAUAAAACUCCUGUUGAUGAAGUGCCUGCUGCCAUUUGUCCUUUCCAAGGAAGAGUCUUAAUUGGUGUUGGAAGUAUGUUAAGAAUAUAUGAUAUUGGAAAAAAGAAAUUGCUCAGAAAGUGUGAAAAUAAGCAUUUGCCUAACCAAAUUGUUACAAUUCAUGCUGUCGGAAAUCGCAUCAUAGUUGGUGAUAUUCAAGAAAGCUUUUUCUAUGUAAGGUAUAAAAGACAAGACAACCAGCUAAUUAUUUUUGCUGAUGACACUAAUCCAAGAUGGAUAACAACAGCUUGCCUUUUAGAUUGUAAUACUGCUGCAGGUGCUGAUAAGUUUGGAAAUAUAUCUAUAAUAAGGCUACCUACUGCUAUUAGCGAUGAGGUAGAGGAAGAUCCCACUGGCGUAAAAGCUUUGUGGGACAGAGGAUGGUUGGGUGGAUCUUCUCAAAAGGCAGAAAUAAUUGCUAACUUUCAUGUAGGAGAAACUGUGCUUUCUUUACAAAAAGCUACUUUAAUUCCUGGAGGUUCAGAAUCUUUAGUAUAUACUACCCUUUCUGGAUCCAUAGGUGUUCUAGUUCCAUUUACAACUCACGAAGAUCAUGACUUUUUCCAACAUUUAGAAAUGCACAUGCGAUCCGAAAACCCUCCACUGUGUGGCCGAGAUCAUUUGUCCUUCCGCUCCUAUUACUAUUCUGUGAAGAAUGUAAUUGAUGGAGAUUUGUGUGAACAGUUUAAUUCGUUAGAGCCAUCAAAACAGGAAAGUAUUGCUGUGGAUUUGGAUAAAGGUCCUAGUGAAGUGUCAAAGAAAUUGGAAGAAAAUAGGACAAGAUAUGCUUUCUAAACAGUGCAUUUUUUUAAUGUUUUUCAUUAUAGGUAUCACAUAUGUAAAUAAGCUUUUAAUCAUUUUCCAUCAAAAUUGUGGUUACAUAUUGCCAUGAUAAAAUAAAAUGAUUUUCUAUAAAUAA